UAUCGUGUGAUUUAAUGUAAAUUGUGUUUAUUUUAAAAUCACUAAGAAGUGGGAGCCAGACUUUUAGGUCUUUAUUAAAAACAGUUUUAAUCAAAGAAGUUUCCGGGACCAGUGGACUCCAUGUCGCACCGAGGGGAAGCGGCGGAGUCCCCCGGCCUCAUGGAGGGUUUCCCUGGGGCUGAGUGAGAAUCGAUCCGUGUACCUGAGGAUCGUUUCUCACUCAUCCAGCUGCUGAACAUCUGCUUCUCCUCUGGUGCUCACUCGGAGCAGGACACGGUGGAAAGGACCGUGUUUCCUGUUUGUUCACAUCGCACUUCCGAGCCUUGGCUAGCCCUACAGAGCGAGCUAAUCUAUCGGCCUGUUGGUUAGACAUUAGCUUCAGUUCAUGAAUCACUAUAUGUCGUGUUGUUAUGUCUGUGCUGUCAGUUGUUAAACAGCCAUGAGAUGAACUGUUGACAACAGGGCGCGACUCGACGAUCCGCCUCGGCUAACAACAAAGCUAAAGCUAGCACGCGUGACUGCUAGCUUUAGCGCUAGCCGUCCAUGUGCGUGCGGGAGCAGCGAUGCGGUGCGUGCGGAGGCUGUGGGGAUUCACAUUGACGCUGAUCCACGUCUCCGCGGUGCUCCUGGUGUGGACCGGGGCUCCGCGGGCCGGGGAGGCGUGUGCUGCCGCGGAGGAGCAGCGGGGAACCAGCGCCGACGCCCUCCUGCUGUGCCGGACGUGCGGACACGAGCUGGCGACCGGGGCGGACAUUCGCUCCGUCCCCAGCCGACUGGCGCUGUCCUCCCGCAACCACACGCUGCCCGGGGGCCGGCGGGUCAACGUGCAGCUGUUCGAGAACCCCCACGGGCUCCGCUUCGAGGUGUUCACCUUCAGGAAGGCGGAUGUGGAUCAGCACUGGCCGGCGGACAAACACUUCACCUGGUUCCCCGGGUUCUCGUGGACCGCGGCCACCUGUCCCCGGUGUCGGACCCAUCUAGGAUGGGCCUUCCAGCCGAGCGUCUGGCCCAACACCAUCACAAAAUCUCAAUUUGAGGAGUCAGAUCAAACCUUCGUGGCUUUAAUCACCCAUCGACUGCUCAGUGAGGACUUUGCUUCCAGCCUGCUGAUGACUCCCAAAUCCUUCACCAGCUGAUGGACUCUUGACUGUUCAGUUAACCUUGGUGCCUUCUCUGUGACCUUUCCCUUAAAUAAAUGUCUAUACGCCUCCUUGGUUUGAAGACUCCCA